AUGACGAAGGUUCUCUUGACUGCACACAUCCUCGAGCAGCUAUUGGAGAAAGGCCACCAGGUGGUCACCACGGUCCGAUCCGAGGAUAAGGCGCAAAGGAUCCGAGAAGCCUACCCGAACAAGGGCAAGGACGACCUGGACAUUGUUAUUGUUCCUGAUAUUGCGAAAUCAGAUGCCUUUGACGAGGUGGUCAAGAUCCCUGGCAUUGAGGUCGUCCUGCACACAGCCUCUCCUUUCCAUUUCAAAUUCAGCGAUCCUAAGACGGAGCUUAUCGAUCCUGCUCUGAUCGGCACUACAGCCAUCCUCAAGGCCAUCGCGAAGUCUGCACCAAGUGUCAAGCGGGUUGUAGUAACCUCCUCAUUUGCUGCCAUCCUGGAUGAGGACCAUAUUAGCGACCCAAACACCACCUUCUCUGAGGCUUCGUGGAAUCCGGUAACCAUCGAGCAGAUUUACGACAGCCCAGCCGUGGCAUAUCGUGCAUCUAAGAAACUUGCAGAAAAAGCCGCUUGGGAUUUUGUCAAAGACCCGGCCAAUGGCGCCAAGUUCGAUGUCGCAACCGUGAACCCGCCUCUCGUCCUUGGUCCGGUUGUGCAUCACCUGGCAACCUUAGACAGUAUCAACACCAGCAAUGAGCGCGUCGUGGCAGCUGCGACUGGCAAGUGGAAAGAAGCCGUUCCUCCUACUGGCGCAGCCCUGAACUGGGUCGAUGUCCGCGAUGUUGCGUUGGCACACAUCAAGGCUGGGCUGGAGAUCCCAGAAGCGGGCGGCAAGCGACUGUUCACCACUCCAAGCUUCUUCAGCAACAGGGAUAUUCUCAACGUGAUCCGCAAGAACUUCCCUGAUCUUGCAGAUAAGCUGCCUGGCGAUGAUGUAAAGGGUGGCGAGCUCCCUCCCGAGAACCAGCAUUAUAAGGUCGACAACUCUGAGACUAAUAGGGUGUUGGGAAUUGAUUGGAUUCCGUUCGAGAAGAGUGUUGUCGACACGGUGAAGAGCCUGCAAUCUUUCAUUUCGUAA